CAACAUUCGUUGACCUGCCUUUUCUCUUAACCCUUUUCUCUCUCUCUCUCUCUCUAAACUGUUCUGCAUUUUCAUUUUCAUUUUCACCUCAAACUCAGCUAUACCCAUCUCAAAAUUUAGCUUCUUUUUCAUCCCAACAACACUAAUAACCAAAAAAGAUUAGAUUUUUAACCUACCCAUCAUUCAAUUUCAUCAAAUUAACCAUUUUUUGUUUGGUCAACGUGGUCAAACUCUGGUGUUGGGAAUCGUGUAGAUCAAAAGAGGGUUUUUUUAAGGGAUUCAAAUCAGUUGGUUAUGCAUGGUUAUGAAAGUGUGUUUGUAGUUGAAAGUAAAGAUGGAAAGAGUGGCUUUUGUUUUUUGGGCAAUUUUGGCUUUUGAUUUUGUGAUUAAAGGGUCUUCUAAUGUGGAAGGUGAUGCACUGAAUGCAUUGAAGAGCAACUUGAAUGAUCCUAACAAUGUUCUUCAAAGUUGGGAUGCUACCCUUGUCAAUCCUUGCACGUGGUUUCAUGUUACAUGCAAUGGCGAUAACAGUGUGACCCGUGUUGAUCUUGGAAAUGCGGACCUCUCUGGUACACUGGUUUCACAACUUGGUGAUCUCUCAAAUUUGCAGUACUUGGAACUUUAUAGUAAUAAUAUAACAGGAAAAGUCCCUGAAGAGCUAGGAAAUUUGACAAACUUGGUGAGCUUGGAUCUUUACUUGAACCAUUUAAGUGGUACCAUACCGAAUACAUUGGGCAACCUUCAAAAACUACGUUUCCUGCGUCUCAAUAAUAACACCUUGACCGGCCGCAUUCCGGUAUCUCUGACAAAUGUUUCUACACUGCAAGUUCUUGAUCUGUCAAACAACAAUCUAGAAGGGGAUGUCCCAGUCAAUGGUUCAUUUUCAUUGUUUACCCCUAUCAGUUAUCAAAAUAAUCCUCGCUUGAAACAACCGAAAAACACUCCAGCGCCACUUACUCCACCAUCACCGGCUUCUUCAGGUAGUAGUAAUACUGGAGCUAUUGCUGGAGGAGUUGCUGCUGGUGCUGCUCUUUUGUUCGCAGCCCCUGCAAUUGCACUUGCUUAUUGGCGAAAAAGAAAACCACAGGAUCAUUUCUUUGACGUUCCUGCUGAGGAGGAUCCUGAAGUUCACCUUGGUCAGCUGAAAAGGUUUUCUCUACGUGAGCUGCUAGUAGCGACAGAUAGCUUCAGUAACAAAAACAUUCUAGGUAGAGGUGGAUUUGGAAAGGUUUAUAAAGGACGUUUAGCUGAUGGCACUCUUGUAGCAGUAAAAAGACUAAAAGAGGAACGGACACAGGGUGGGGAGCUACAAUUUCAAACAGAAGUUGAAAUGAUCAGUAUGGCUGUGCAUCGCAAUUUGCUUCGGCUUCGUGGUUUUUGCAUGACAUCUACAGAACGUUUGCUUGUAUAUCCUUAUAUGGCCAAUGGAAGUGUAGCAUCAUGUUUACGAGAACGUAGUGAAUCUGAUCCGCCACUUGAGUGGCCAAUGCGGAAGAAUAUUGCGCUAGGAUCUGCCAGGGGGCUUGCUUACUUGCAUGAUCAUUGCGACCCUAAGAUUAUUCAUCGUGAUGUGAAAGCUGCAAAUAUAUUGUUGGAUGAGGAAUUUGAAGCAGUUGUUGGAGACUUCGGUUUAGCAAAGCUUAUGGAUUACAAAGAUACACAUGUUACUACGGCUGUUCGUGGUACGAUUGGGCACAUAGCACCCGAGUAUCUGUCAACUGGAAAGUCUUCAGAAAAGACGGAUGUUUUUGGAUAUGGUGUGAUGCUUCUUGAACUAAUAACUGGACAGAGAGCUUUCGAUCUAGCACGUCUUGCCAAUGAUGAUGAUGUUAUGUUGCUUGAUUGGGUUAAAGGACUUCUCAAAGACAAGAAGUUGGAAACACUUGUAGAUGCAGAAUUAAUGGGAAAUUAUGACGAUGAUGAGGUAGAGCAGUUAAUCCAAGUGGCUUUACUAUGCACACAAGGGUCUCCAAUGGAAAGACCAAAGAUGUCCGAGGUUGUGAGAAUGCUGGAAGGCGAUGGUUUGGCAGAAAAAUGGGAGCAAUGGCAGAAAGAAGAGACGUAUAGACAAGAUUUUAACAACAACCACAUGCAUCACCCGAAUGCAAAUUGGAUAGUAGAUUCAACUUCACAUAUGCAGGCAGAGGAAGUCUCAGGCCCUAGAUGAUCCGUUCUACAUUCUAUCAUAUCGACAAGUGAAUACACAAUCCUUCCUCUGCCUGAAAGAGAUAAAACGUCACGAUUUGUGCAUAUGCUUUUCACCAUCGCUUCUACUUAAUCUUUUGUUUUGAUCUUGUUGAAAUUAUCUUGUAUGUUCAGGUUCGGUUCCAUGUCCAUUGAUCAGGUUAUGGUUAUUUAAGAAAGAAGUUUGUAAUGUUUAUUGGGUUGUCAAGUUGCAGGAUAAAGUGUAGGACACAAGCAACCAACACUUUUGUCAUUGUAUGUAUGGGCAACUAGUAUAGAGAGCUUUUAUGGAAAUAUAUGCAAUUUUAUAUU